AUGAUUGGAAUGAUCUAAUGCAAUCAACCAUUUACGAGUUCAACGAGAGUCAAUUAAUAUUAUUAGAUCAUAACUAUUUUAGAGGAAAAAGCUCUAUGAUAGAAAUGCAGUAUUACAGAUUAGUGUCAAAACUAUAAGAUGUAUCUCUACCGUCUUAAACUGUGGCCUGUGUUUCUAAUUGGAUUCGGAAUUGGCUCUCUCCUUGCCUUGAUCUUAUUUGCUGCUCAAGAUUUAUUUAACAAUAUUUCCAUUUGUCAGAAAUCAUCAUUAAAUUUGUACUCUACAAACAGAAAUGAUCUUAAAUGGUUCAUGUCUGAUACAUGGAUCAAGGAAGAGACGGUUAUACAAAGUUGGAAAGAUUCAACAAACAUGACAUAUAGUAAAUGGUUGAAUAAUAGAAAACUGAAGUCAAAAAAUAUUGAUAUGGAUACUUAUCUUUAUGGACCUGAAAGUAGAGAAGAAUUAGAAGCAGAGUGGUUGAAGUCAAAUAUUCACAUCACUUGUAUUGUAUUUGUAAAAAAAGUUAAAUUAGCUAGAUCUAUCCAGGAUACUUGGGGAAAACAUUGUAACAAGAUAUAUUUCUUUGGUCAAGUGAAAGAUCCUAAAAUAUCUAUUAUAAAUUUUGAUAUAAAAUUAGUAUCUUCAUGGCAACUUUUAUGUGAAGCCUUCAAGUAUGUGUGGAAGAGCAGUGAAACUUUAGAAUGGCUUAUCUUUGUAAAAGAUGACACAUUAGUGGUUCUUGAAAAUUUACGGUACAUGCUUGGCCCAUUAAAUCACACUCAGGAUCAUUAUUUGGGUCAUGCAGUUACUCUCUGGGGUCAACCUUAUAAUGUAGCUGAUGCUGGAUAUGUAAUUAGCAUGGGAGUGCUUAGGAAGCUAAUUAAAAUGUUUGAUAACUCAGAAAAAUGUGUAAUUAGUGGCAAAUAUUGGAAACAGGAAGAUUACUAUCUCGCUAAACAUUUGGCUUCUAUGGGAAUUUAUCCUUCUGAUACAAGGGACCAGUAUUUAAGGGGAACCUUUCAUGGAUACUCUUUGCAAUCUUUAUUAUGGGGUGUUGUUAAGACUGGUGUUUAUUGGACUCGUGCAUUAUAUCCAGUAAAAAACGAAUGCUGUUCAUUUAUGUCUGUUACUUUUAAUGUAGGGGAAUCAGAAAAAAUGCACACAUUGAAUUAUUUAUUAUAUCAUUUUCAUGUUUUAAAGAGGAAAGCUGUUUUUGGAAGUAGAAAAGCAGCAAUAUCCAUAUCUGACAAGGAUGUCUGGAGAGUUGCGUUGGAAGAAGAGUUUAAUAUUACAAAUUUAAAUAACAUUUCUAGCGAGGUGUACUAUGAAAUAUGGCAUGCAAAGUAUUCUGAACCAGGACAAUUAAUUAGUAAAAAUUAUCAGGCUAAUGAUUAAGAUAAAUUUAAAUAAAUCAUCCAUAUAUGAUUUUUAUAUGUUUUAUACUGACUGAAGAUUUUUUAAAGAUAUUUUAUAUCAAAUAAUAUCAUAUUUUAAUAAUUUUAAAGUACAACAAUGUUAUUUAUGUUAGAUAGUUUAAUAACUGUUGAAAUUGUUUGAAACUGGUUGUGAAUAAUCAUUGAAUUUUUAUAGAA